ACGGCCUUCUCACAACAUUUUUCUUAAGCGAUUGCCAUGCGCAAAAUCCUUUGCUUCUGCUUUGGUUUGGUCUGGGGUGGCACUUUCUGGACCUGCGAUGAACUGGUGUCGAAACCUUGCGAAUUGACGGUGCAGAAGGGACAGAUAGUGAUCAAGUCCAUUCCUGUCACUUACUGGCGCUACCGAGCAAGGUCCUCACCAGCACACCUCAGUCCCCUGGUGGCACUGCACGGGGGGCCUUCUUGGCCCCACAACUACUUGUUGCCACUGAAACAUUUGGCAUGCCGCGGUCUCUCCGAGGUGAUCUUUUAUGAUCAGGCGGGCUGCGGAGAAUCGGCUCUGCCGCCCAAUCGAAGUCUCAGUGAGUUUCCUCACCUGCUGGAAACCAGCUACUAUUCGCAGAUUGAGUUGCCCAAACUGCUGAGCCACUGGAACUUGGAUCGCUAUCACCUGCUGGGGCACAGCUGGGGAACCAUCUUGGCGCAACUGUUCGCCCUCAAUGCUUCGCCUGAGAGCCUCAAGGGCUUGCAAUCAAUGAUGUUGGCGGGGCCAUUGUCUGACUCGCAGAGCUACAUCCGCGCGCAGUGGGACCAACAUGAGGGCAACCUUGGCAGCCUGCCUCCUUUUGUUCAAGGACGUGUGCACCAGCUGGAGAGGGAUCAUGCCUACGACAGCCCCGAGUACCAGGCCAUCAAUGCAGUGCUCACGACCUUCUUCACGCUGCGGACGGCGCCUGCUCCAGAUUGCUUCGUCUACUCCAAUGUGGGUCUCAACCGUGACAUCUACGUCGGAAUGCAGGGCGCUUCAGAGUUCACCAUGCAUGGCGUGUUGGGUGACUUCAACGUCACAGCACAGCUUCAUCAGAUCAAGGUGCCGGUGCUUCUGAGCUCGGGGCGUUUUGAUACCAUGCGACCCUCCGUGGUGCGCGCCAUGCAGCAACAGCUCCCAAACUCGGAGUGGAAGAUGUUUCCUCAUUCGGGGCAUGUCUCCAUGAUCGACGAUGCAGACGAGCACUUGCGAGUGGUGGCCGAUUUUCUUCGCAGAGUCCACACUGCACACGUCAUGGGCAUCCACUUUGUCCCCAAAGAUUGGGAUCAACUGAAUCAACUGCCAGAACCUGUUGGCCUCUCAGCCACCAGCACCGCCUUCCCAGCUUUCACUGCGAUAUUUGCGCUGAUUCUGGGUGUGUUUCUGGGCCGUGGCACCAGAGGCAAAAGCCAGGAGGCAUAUACUAGACUUGAGUAGGGCAUGGAAUGGGGUGUUCGUCCAAGUUUUUAAAACACGCCAAUCCGCCAAUCAGUUUCUUUAACGCUUUUCAAUUCUGCCCCAAAGCUGGAUUACACGUCAUGGACGGAUGGGCUGGUGCUUUACCAAGUGAGGCCUGCGGUCCUCGGGAUCACCAUCCAACCACGCGCUGAAUGCGCUGCGUAGGACAACUUGUAGUUCCGGAACGUCUUGCGUGCAAUGCAGGAAAAA